AGUUAUGGAUGAUGAGAAGAGCAACAACGUAGAAAGAUUCGACGACUUCGUCUUGCCAGGGUUUAGGUUUCAUCCCACAGAUGAAGAACUCGUAAGUUUCUACCUCGAACGGAAGGUUCUACACAGAUCUCUUCCCUUCGAACUCAUCAAGAAAGUCGACAUUUACAAAUACGAUCCAUGGGACCUACCAAAGCUUGCGGCCAUGGGGGAGAAAGAGUGGUACUUUUACUGUCGAAGAGACAGGAAAUAUCGGAACAGCACGAGGCCAAACCGAGUAACCGGAGGUGGAUUCUGGAAAGCAACCGGAACUGACCGGCCCAUAUACUCAUUGGACUCGACUCGAUGCAUUGGUUUGAAGAAGUCGCUUGUGUUUUAUCGUGGUCGAGCUGCUAAAGGAAUCAAAACCGAUUGGAUGAUGCAUGAGUUUCGUCUCCCAUCCCUCUCUGACUCUCAUCACUCAUCGUCGUAUCCCAGUUACAGUAACAAGAAGAACCAUAACAUCAGCGAUAAAGAGAUACCUUCCGGCGAUGCUUGGGCUAUUUGCAGAAUAUUUAAGAAGACGAACUCAACAUCAUCACAAAGAUCAGUCCCACAAUCAUGGCUUUAUCCAGCGAUUCCUGACACUAACCACUACAACUCACAGUCGCAAAGCGCAACUCUUUUUGCUUCAACAGACGUUUUCAGAAACAUAGCAACAAGACAAAACCUUAUUUCUUCUCCAGUAGACGAACCCGCAAGCUUCACAGAAUCGGCUGCUGCUUAUUUUGCAUCUCAGAUGCUCGGAGUUCCUUACAACAUAGCUAGAAACAGCGGAACCGGGGAUGCUCUGUUUCUGAGAGACAACGAGAAUACCUACUCUCGUAAUUUGGCUGGAGGGCUGCCUAAUGAGCUUCUGAAUGUAAGAUCAAUGGUAGAGUCUGGUUUCGAGACGACGACCGUUAGUGAGAUGUCGGCGACGACGUAUCCCCCUAACAACUAAAGUCUUACGAAUCACGAUUUACUACUGAACACUUGAAUUAGUGUAGGACAGCGCUAAUAUGUUUUAGUUUUUAAUUAUCUAGCUUUGCUUUUGGUUUCUUGGAGACCAAAAAGAAAGAAAAAAACAACUUGCUUUGCUUUAUUUGUAGCCAUCGGCGUUUUGAAGUAACCUAAUCUUGAACAAUGUAACUUUGCUUU